AUGAUAUCGGUAAGAUUCUAUGGAACUGCAGCAUAUCUCAUCGACAAAAGUCUUAUACCAAUAGUUUUGUUAUGGUUAGACCCAGUUGUUGGAUAUAACUUCAUAACAUAUGGUUCAUUCGAUACGGAACGUUGCAGUGAAGGCUUACUUUACAUCGUUCAGAAACCGAAGGACUUCAACACAAAAAGAUAUAAGAUAGGAAGAACAUAUAAUAUAACUCUAAGAUAUGACAGUACAGUCAAUAGAGUCAAGGUUGUGUUCGUUAAUGAUAUGAGAGCUGCUGAAACAGAACUACUUGAAAAGUUUGAGAAAAUGUAUGGUGCUCCCACGAAAGGUAAAGAAACGUUUGAAGUAGAUGAGAUAGAUAAAGCUAUAAAAUUAUUUGACGAAGUUGCUGAAAAAUACAUGUAA